AUGUCUUCGUCCGUCUUCUUCAAGUUCAAGUCGUCCAAGGAGCCGCAGCGCAUCACCUUUGACGGCACCGGCAUCUCCGUCUUCGAGCUGAAGCGCGAAAUCAUCACCGCCACCGGCUUGGGCGACGGCACCGACUUCGACCUCUCCAUCUACACCGACGACACCAAUGAAGAAUAUGAUGACGACACCACCAUCGUGCCACGUUCGACGACGGUCCUCGCUCGUCGCCUCCCUGCUGCGCGACCUGGCCACGGCAGGGCCGCCCGCUACGUCUCCGGCAAAGCCCCCGUCACCGCCAAGAACUCGUAUCGCACCGAAUCCUCCGCCACGAAGCCUGCGACCCAGGCCAAGCCUGCCACCGAUGGUGCCGCUGCCAUGAGCACCGCCCAGACCGAGGAGGAGAGGAUCGCUGCCAUGUUUGCCGCCGGUGCCGAGAAUUGGGAGCAGCAAAAGGCCAAGAUGGCCGACGCCAAACCCGUCUACCGUCCCGGGCGCAGGCCGCACAACGUUCCCGAGGGCGAGCCGCCGGACACUUACAUCUGCCACCGUUGCCACGUGAAGGGCCACUGGAUCCAAGCGUGCCCAACGAAUGAUGAUCCGAACUUCGAGAACAAGCCCCGUAUCAAGCGUACGACGGGCAUUCCGCGCUCUAUGCUGCAGACGAUCGAGAAGCCCGUGGCGCUCACCAAUGACGGUCUCACCGACGACUCGCGUCAGCCGUCUGGCGUCAUGGUCAACGCUGCGGGCGAGUAUGUCAUAGCUAAGCCUGAUGAAGCUUCUUGGAACAAGUUCCAGGCCAAGGCACAGGCUUCCGCCGCACAACAAGAAGUCGCCUCUGCUGGUAGCAAAGAACUUCGCGACCGUGGACUAGAGUGCUCAAUUGACAAGCGCAUGUUUGUGGAUCCAAUGAAGACGCCUUGCUGUGGAAUGACAUACUGCAAUGACUGUAUCGAGAAUGCACUUAUCAACAGUGAUUUCGUAUGUCCCAACUGCUCCAAGGAAGGUGUGCUCAUCGACGACUUGGUCGCCGACGAGGACACAGUCGCCAAGAUCAAGACUUUUGAGGACGACAAGCGCAAAGCCAAGGAGGCUUCGAAGAGCCCCAAGCCCGAGAAAGCCGAAGUGGCCAACGGUGUGGAUGACCACAAGGACGACAGCACCAAGUCGCCCGAAGUCAAGGAUGCCAAGCCCGCCUCCCCUUCGACGUCGAAACCAGGACCCGAUGCUCUCACCUCGGCCCCGACGGGACCCGCUGCUGCGAAUGGCGUUGCGAAGAAGCGCCCUGCUGACGAAGAGCUCAAGAAUGAGCGUAUCCCUACCGCUCCUGCUGCCAUGCGCAAACAGCAAGAGCAGAUGAAGGUGUCGGCUCCGAGCAACUCUGACCAAGCGUUUGUGAGCCAGAUGAACGCGCUGGCCGGCGGCGGCGGCGGCGGCCCGAUGAUGAACCAGCAGUUCUCCAACGGCAACUUCAUGCCCUUCAACGGCAUGGGCGGCAUGGGAGGAUUCCCGAAUCAGAAUGGCAUGAUGGGCAUGGGCAUGAGCAUGGGACCGAUGAUGGGAAUGCCUCAGGCCAUGAUGAACCCCAUGAUGAUGCAGAACGGAGGCUGGGGGAACAUGGGAGGAAUGGGAUACCAGCAAAAUGGCAUGUACGGCAACAACUACAACGGCAUGGGAGGUGGUUUUGGCCAGAAUUGGCAGGGAAAUCAGGGCUGGGGUAUGAACGGUAUGGGACAGGGCCAAAUGCAGAAUGGCAAGAGUGGAGUCUUUCCCAACCAGCAGAGGACGGUUUUCAGCGAGCCUUUCCCUAAUGAAGAGGACAACGCCUACUUCAGGAAGCCGGUGAACCCGCACCGCCACCAAAACCGCAACCGCAGGAACAGAGCUCCUGAUUACACGCAGUUAUGA